AUGGUCUCUUCAAAACCACAUCGUGCUUUCGACGAGCUUCCCGUCGAGAUUCUAGACACUGUCGCUGCUUUUCUAGAACUUGGAGAUAUCCGCAAUCUUCGUCUAGUAUCGCAAACCAUUGCCGCCAAAUCCGGUCGGGGAACGUUCAAGAGAUACUUUGAGAAGAAAACCAUAAACUGGGAGUCGGCCACAGAACUGCAGAGCUUUGUGCAAAUGACACAGCCGCAACGCAUGGGCUGCUUUUUGAAGUCGUUGACGAUCAGAGGCACAGCACCUACACCGUCGCAUACAUUUGCCGAGGAGAUUGCCCUACUGACUGAAGCACUCACGAAAUUGCGGCACAACUCAGUGUAUGGAGGGCUGCAAUUUCUUGUAUUGACUGUCCAAGGACAAAAGAUCCUCCGAAAUGCCCAUAUGGAAGCCUUUACGAACUGGGAGUCAGUCUGGCAGACUGCAUGCAAAACCUUGGAGAUUUCCUCUCAGGCUCUCGCAGAUAGUGGUCUCUCCGUUCAGAAGCUGGAUAUAUUUGGUAGUGUCGACCUUUGUAGUCUUGCCUGUAACAAGAUGGCGCUACUUCUAGAAUGUGUGGGUCUUUCCAAGACUUUGUUCAGCUUGAAGAGCCUAUCUUUGAGCCUCUCGCAUCACAUUGUGGAAAACGUGCAAAGCUCCCAGGAUGAAGUUCAUGAAGUUAACCUAGCUACUGGCCAGGGCUAUGUUGAUGAUAUCAAACAUCUGUUAAAGCUGUGCCCACAUCUUGAAAGUCUUGAAUUACAUUGGUUCAAUCUACGCACUUAUAGGCUCGGUGGCGCUGAGCUGGAAGAACAAAGAUUCUUCAGUAAAAUCGCGCAGCUGGGUAACCAUUUCUCAAAUUUGCAGCACUGUCGUCUAGAAGGUAUCUAUACCGAAGGCAUUGCAAUUCUCGCCUUUUUCCAACAGACAACUCAGCUUGGUAGUCUAACCAUGAGGAAUCUCAACCUCAAAUCGGGUACCUUCGGACCUAUAUUCGACUUUCUGACAAACCACUUACCUCACUUGGCCUACCUACACCUAGAAAGUCUUUCCGAGGCAAACAGAAUCUGCUUCGAUGACCCUGGCAAGGCAUGGCUGCCAUCAACCUGCCGUACUAACGGUUCUAACGAGUUGACAAGGACUGGGGCGGACUGCCAGCGAGCAAUCGGAUAUCGUUUUUUCAAAGGCAGUGUAAAAGGCUCUGUAGACGCUGCCAAAUGGCGCCGUAGACAGACUUUGUUGUACGGCCCUCCAGUUAUAUGA